GAUGGUUUCAACAGUCAUCUCUAACGGUUAUCGCGAAGCACAAGUCCGUGUGGGGGAAUGUAAAAAAAAAAUAAAUAUCCAAUAAUUACCAAGUCAAAUCCUGAUUUCUCGACUGCCAUGCUCAAUAACGAUCUGCGCCAGUGUCCCUGUUGAAUAUUACCGACGCAUAGAUAUCGUGCAGUGUCCUAGAAUAGCAGCAAAAUAGAACGCAAUUGUUUUGCGAUGGCGACGAGUGCUGGCGAAAAGGCGAGCGAGUGCUGAGAGAGAAAAAAAUCGGUUGCAGAAAUAAACCCUCAAGCAGCAAAACAGUAGCAGCCAAAAUCAACAGAAUUCCUGAAAUAAACAAUAACCGAUCCUAAAAAAAAGAACACCAGGCUGUGGCAAACAGAUGAGAGAUGCGAAUAGUGCGAAUGGUGACGACAGCACAAAGCAGCAGCAGCAGCAGCAGGAGCAACAGCAGUGGAAACAACGAGGGGCAACAGCAAUAACAUCAGUGUAGAAGGAAUAAUAUUUCGACGAAAAACCACAAGUUGCAGGCCGGCAGGCAGCAGCAGUAGCAGCAUCAUGACCACAAGAAAGAGCUGCCACGUACUGGCCCUGUUGGGUCUGUGUCUGGUCUGCCAUGAAGCGGCUGUGGUCAGUGGACAUGUGCUCGUCUACAGACGCAUCUCAAAUCAGUUGAUCGAAGAAUUCAAUGAUUUGCCAGCACAAUUUGGUCCUCUACUGCCGCCGAAUGGUCUCAAGGUGUAUGUGGUGCCUGCCAUGCCCCAUUCCUAUGGUUGUGAUACGCUGAGCAGGCCACCGCAUUUGCUUUAUCCAUCAGCGGCCAAAUUUGUGGCACUGAUAUCACGCGGCGGUGGGUGCACCUUUGAGACGAAGGUGCGUAUGGCACAGAAUGCAAGCUACUCAGCUGUGAUUGUCUACAAUAAUGAAGGGGAUGACUUGGAGCAAAUGUCCGCCGAUAAUCAGUCGGGCAUACACAUACCCUCCGUCUUCGUGGGCCACACAACGGGUAAGGCGCUGGCCACAUAUUUCACGCCCGAAGUGGUGCUAAUCAUCAACGAUGAGCUGCCCUUCAAUAUCAACACACAAUUGAUAUUGCCCUUCUCCAUAUUGAUUGGCCUCUGCUUUCUCAUCAUGGUCAUCUAUAUGAUAUAUAAAUGCAUACGCGAACAGCGUCGCCUGCGUCGCCAUCGACUGCCCAAGAGCAUGCUGAAGAAGUUGCCUGUGCGGCGCUACACAAAGAACAAUACGAACAAUAAAUAUGAUACCUGUGUGAUCUGUCUGGAUGAAUUCGUUGAGGAUGACAAGCUGCGUGUGCUACCAUGCUCACAUCCCUAUCAUACACAUUGCAUUGAUCCCUGGCUGACCGAAAAUCGUCGCGUUUGUCCCAUUUGCAAGCGCAAGGUUUUUACGAAAGGCGAGACGCGUGCAAGUCGGAAUCGACAGCCUUCGUUGGAUAGUGUCACGGACACGGAUGAUGAUACAACGCCGCUGCUGCAACAGCAGCCAAACGGUGGCAGGCAGGGUGGUCAAGGGUCCACCUCAUCCGCUGCCAGUGCAGCAGCGGCUGGCAGUAGCUCAAGUGUGGCAACAGCUGCUGCUGCUGCUGCUGCUGGAGGCACCACACGCCACGGCACCUUUCGACGUGCUGAUGCUGGUCGGAAUCCAUUUGAGGAGCAGGAGACUCAAAGCUCGGAUGAUGAGAAUGCCCUGCUGGACUCUGCCUCACUUCCGGCCACCUCAUCGUCGUCCACUCAUGAGCGCAUGAAUCCAUUCGAUCGUGCACCAAAUCUACCCGCACAUCUCGCUCGACAGUUGAACGAAGCACGUCCCUCGAUUUGGUCGCGCAUCAGCUUUGGCUUCCUGUUUCGUCGUCCGGCGACUGCGAUUAGUGUGGCAGCACCUCCAUAUCUGGAGCACGUAGAGUCUGGAACUAGUGCCGUGAUGGGGCUGCCUGCAACGACUGCAAUGACAUCAACAACGGGGACAAUUGCCGUUGCCACGCCCGCUUCGAAUAACAUCCUUAAUCCGAAUUUAAGCGGCUCGUUCAAGGAUGACGACGAUAUGCCACCGCAUCGCUCCAUCUACGAACCUAUAGCAAUCAAUACGCCAGCGGCCGCCAAUGAUUCGGCGUUCCUGCAGACGCCCACGCAGGGCGGCAUAGGCGUGGCCGCAUUGCCACACAGUGCUGCCGAUCGUCAGUUUCUCAUAUGAGAUUCCCCCUUAGUCGUCAUCGAUUCCCAAAGAAUAACACUUUUUGUUUUCUAAUCAAGAAUUAUUUUUCGUUUGGGUUCGCUUUCAGGAGAGAAUCAAAGAGAGAGAAGGAGAGAGAGAGCUGUGUGGCUGCCAGCUGCUUUGUUUUAAACAAUUAACGAAUGUUUAUUAUUAAAUAUUAAUAAAUAUGUAGGCCCCCCCCAGAUCUUGUGCUGGCCUGUAAGUCCGUCACGCCCACAAAAUACACAGGCACACACAAUACACACACACACACACACGUACAUAUAUAUGCGUAUAAAAAUUGUGAUUUAUUUUAUAUACAUUUUACAAACCUAAUCGCACGAUUGGCACAGAACCACAGAAGAAUCACCCGCCUACAAAAUUUACCAAAACAAAACGCAAAAAAUACCACAUUUAAGAUUUAAAAUUGUUUUUUAUUUUACUGAUUUUGAUUUCGGAUUAAUUAUUUUUUAUGUUUUUUCUUUAGUCAAACAAACCCCAAACACGUGCAACAGAGUGAUUCAUGGAAUUAGUUUGUAUUUUUAAUUUGAAACAAACACACACACAAAAACAAACAAAACAAAAACAAAUGAAAUUAAAGCAAACAAAAUUUGAUUAAUGAAUGAUUGAUGUGGCAUUAUAUGGGCCUGAACAUUGUAUAUUAUUCUCGAUUUAACUAAUUUUAAGUUUACUAUAAAAGAAACAAUAUUUAAACUAAAACACCUCCAAAAUGUUGCAAUUGAUUUCCGCAGAAGAGUAGUGAAAAACACAACACAAUAAAACAUAUACAAUAUA